UUUGUCAAUGUCCUCUUCUGUCAACAGGCAGACCAGCUGACCGAGGAACAGAUUGCAGAGUUCAAGGAAGCGUUCUCGCUGUUCGACAAGGACGGCGACGGAACCAUCACCACCAAGGAGCUCGGCACAGUCAUGCGUUCCCUGGGCCAAAAUCCCACUGAGGCCGAAUUGCAGGACAUGAUCAAUGAGGUCGAUGCUGACGGUAACGGGACAAUUGAUUUCCCUGAGUUCCUGACAAUGAUGGCGAGGAAGAUGAAGGACACAGACAGCGAAGAGGAGAUCAGAGAAGCAUUCAGAGUCUUUGACAAGGAUGGCAACGGCUACAUUAGCGCAGCAGAGCUACGGCACGUCAUGACCAACUUGGGGGAGAAGCUUACUGACGAGGAGGUGGACGAAAUGAUACGCGAGGCUGACAUUGACGGCGACGGUCAGGUCAACUACGAGGAAUUUGUCCAGAUGAUGACUGCCAAGUGA